CCGGCGCCGGCGUUUGCGGGGGCCGCGGGACACGUGCGCAGAGUGGCUCAGUCGCUCCGUGCAGGCGAGAGGCGUGCACGACCACGCGUGCAGAGUGUGUCCAAGGGGCUUGUGUCCUCUUCAACAAAGGCGGCCCCGGGCUUCUCGUCUUCGUCUCUCUCUCUCUCUGCUCUCGCUCGCUCUCUCUCACCGCUACCCCCGCCACUCAGUAACAGGGAGAAAGAGAGAGACACAACUUACUUGGCUUGCUCUCACACUGCCUCGGCUACGCUGCUGUAAACUGCAACGCGCGCACCACGACUACGAAACCGACAAGGACGAAUAUAAAGAUUUAACAAAAACAAAACAAAGUCCAGCGCGUCUUGUUCUCUCGAUGCUGGAUUAACUCAGCUGUAAAGAUAGCUGGCAUAUACUUUUUUUGUUCUAUUUUAAACGUUAUAUAUUUUUUUCUGUCAAAUAGCGGUGUGCAGGGCGGUGGUUUGAGCGAAUACAACAGCUGGGACUUUAAACAUCUGCUGUUGUUAAAUUGCUAUAUAUGCAACAGCAACAUCAUCAACAGCAGCAGCAUCAUCGUCGUCGCCGUCAUCAACAACAACAGACCAGCGGCGAAAGUAGCCAAUAAACUCUCGGGCUUGCUGAGAUUUCCCCCCUCUCGCCUUUGAAAAAGAAAACCCCCUCCAGUUUCUACGACAACUCCUGCUGCUGCUCCUGCUCCUGUUGUUGCCCGCACGACGAGUCCCUUCCUCGUCGCCUCUCGACAUGUGGCUCAUUCUCGUGUGGAUGUGGGCGGCUGUCAUAGGCAGCGGGACAGCCGGGGGAGCGAGACAUUCGGUGUACUGGAACAGCAGCAACCCCAGGUUCCAAAGGGACGACUACAGCCUGGACGUGCAGAUCAACGACUACCUGGACGUGUACUGCCCGCACUACUCGGACGCUCGCACCACCCCGGAGGAGCGCACGGAGCGCUACUCGCUCUACCUGGUCAGCUACGACGGCUACCGGUCAUGUGACCACGCCAGCGGCUUCAUGCGCUGGAACUGCAACAAGCCGUACGGGCAGGCGGGCGCCCAGCGCUUCUCCGAGAAGUUCCUGCGCUUCACUCCCUUCUCGCUGGGGUUCGAGUUUUUCCCCGGCCAGGAGUACUACUACAUCUCGACACCACGUCACAGCAGUGGCAAGAAGUGCCUGAGGUUAAAGGUCACCGUGUGCUGCUCGGCCAAUUGCUGCUCGUCCAGCUGCUGCACACCCAAUGUCCGUGCAGGCACCACCACUAAGAUGACGGCUGGUCAGGGCUCGUCCGUGAGUGUAAACAGCAAAUCGGACUCGUCGGAAGAACAAGCAGAUGAUUCGGGAAUUGGAGCUUCACAGGCUGCUCACCACGCUGGUGGAUAUGGUCACAUGCACAGGCCUAGCGUAGGCUUCGUCAUCGCCAUCGCAGCCUAUGCUCUUCUGAUAUUAUUACCUGCGUAAACUGAGCGGCGAAAAAUCAGAACUUUGAAAUUUGAAGGAUGUUGGCAAAAGGAGAAAGGAGUUAAGAAGAUAGGGAGGGGAAAGGAAAAAAAACUUACGCAUCUAAUUUUAACAAAAAAGUUUCAAGACUUGCUGAAAAAAAAAUCACGGCCUACAAGAAGACCAAGACAACGCUGAAACGGAGCCAUUUGUAAAUAUGUAUUGAAAAACGAAAAAGCUAUACGCCACUGAAGGAUCAUGUGUUCUUGAACUAAAAUGUGGAAUCUUUCAGUUUUCACUUAUUGUUGCUGAAAUUUUAGCUUUGAGCUUUGUAUAAAGCAGUCAAACAUAUUUAGAUUUUAUUGAAGAGACCAAAAUCUUUUGAUUUU